AUGAUCUCCAUCACCGAAUGGCAGAAGAUUGGUGUGGGCAUCACCGGUUUUGGCAUCUUCUUCAUCCUCUUUGGGAUACUCCUGUACUUUGACUCGGUGCUCCUGGCCUUUGGAAAUCUGCUGCUCCUGACUGGUCUUUCCCUCAUCAUCGGCCUGAGGAAGACAUUUUCCUUCUUCUUCCAGCGGCACAAGCUCAAGGGGACCAGCUUCUUCCUGGGGGGUGUGGUCAUUGUCCUCCUGCGCUGGCCCCUCCUGGGCAUGUGCCUGGAAACCUAUGGAUUUUUGAGCCUCUUCAAGGGCUUUUUCCCUGUGGUCUUUGGCUUCCUGGGCAAUGAUUGCAACACCCCCUUCCUGAGCACGCUGUUCCAGAAGCUUCAAGGUACCAGCUCCAUGGUCUGA